ACGGAUCCCGGCCCGGCCCCGGCCAUGUCGCCGCUGCGGACCCCGCUCCCCGCGUGGGAACCGGUCGGCGCCGUGAGCUUCGCGGACGUGGCCGUGUACUUCUCUCCGGACGAGUGGGGCUGUCUGCGGCCCGCGCAGAGGGCCCUGUACCGGGACGUGAUGCGGGAGACCUACGGCCACCUGGGCGCGCUCGGGUUCCGAGGCGCCAAGCCAGCUCUCAUCUCCUGGGUGGAGGAAGAGGCCGACCUGUGGGGCCCGGCUGCCCGGGAUCCGGAGGCGGGAGCGUGUCCGCCAGCAGCGGGCGCAGGUUCCAGAAACAAAGAAGAGAAAAGGCAAGGAGAAGGGACUGAGGCCCUGGAGAAGAGCCUUUCUGUGGAAGCCCGGCCUCCUGGACUGAAGGCUCUAAUGCAAAGUUCUUCUGCCGGGCUCCCUUAUAGCGUGGAGCAGCUGUCCAAGGCACCUCGCCGGGGUCGCCCCGGACUCUGUGCCCACCCCCCUGUCCCAAGAGCCGACCAGCGUCAUGGCUGCUACAUGUGUGGGAAGAGUUUUGCCUGGCGCUCUACGCUGGUGGAGCACCAGUAUACGCACACGGGUGAAAAGCCCUUCCGCUGCCCGGACUGCGGCAAGGGCUUCAGCCAGGCCUCCUCUCUGAGCAAGCACCGGGCCAUCCACCGCGGGGAGCGGCCCCACCGCUGCCCGGACUGCGGCCGGGCCUUCACCCAGCGCUCUGCCCUCACCACUCACCUUCGGGUCCACACGGGCGAGAAGCCCUACUGCUGCGCCGACUGCGGCCGCUGCUUUAGCCAGAGCUCUGCCCUCUACCAGCACCAGCGGGUCCACAGUGGCGAGACUCCCUUCCCCUGCCCAGACUGUGGCCGCGCCUUUGCACAUGCGUCAGACCUUCGGCGCCACAUUCGCACGCACACAGGCGAGAAGCCCUACCCGUGCCCAGACUGUGGGCGCUGUUUCCGGCAGAGCUCCGAAAUGGCAGCCCAUCGGCGUACCCACAGCGGUGAACGCCCCUACCCCUGUCCCCAGUGCGGCAGGUGCUUCGGCCAGAAGUCAGCCAUGGCCAAGCACCAGUGGGUCCACAGGCCUGGCGCCGGGCGGCACAGGGGCCAGGGUGCCAGUGUGUUGCCUGUGCCUCUGGCCUCCAGCCAAGAGGACCUGGACCCACCUGUGAGCUUCCAGCACUACCCAGAAAUAUUCCAGGAGUGUGGGUGAUGGUCUCAAAGAUGUCCAGGCAAAGGGUGAUGAUCUAGACAUUGCCUGAGGCCCAGGUUGGGCUCAGGGGCCUGAACUUCUGUGGCAGCUCUAAGGAGGUCCCAGAAUUCCAGGCAAAAGGUGGACCUGGGGAAUGAGGACCCUUUUCUCUUAGGCCUUCACAAGCUUGAUCAGCUGCCACCUUGCUCCCUGUGGUCCCAGACCCUAGACACCCCUCUGUUCGUGAGGGCUGAGCUAAGCACAUACUGAAGACCUCCACUGUGGGGAAGAAAAAGCCGGUUUCCCACUUAGACACAUUAAGAGGAUUGGGGAGAAGGGAACUUUGCUGUAUCCGUUGUCUUACUGCCGGAGUUAAAAACUGACGGCCAUGAAUCUGGCUUGUAGCAACUUUUCACAAACUCUUUUCGGUCCAACCAACAUUUUAAAAUGUUACAGAUCAUGGUUAAGACUUAAAAGGAUAUUUCACACAAAAAUUCAGGUUUCUGGCCUCUUUGGAAAAAGCCAAGGAUUUGGCAACUUGACCCGAGCUCCCACAAAAGCACAGUUGGCAGGAGGUACCGGGUAGCUGCUUGGCCUUGCCCACUAGCCCUUCCCGGCUUGCAGCCAGCGUCAGCUGGCCCUCGUCCCCGCUUGUCCUUGUCCCUGGUACAUUGCCCUCUCCACUGGCCAUUUUCCCCUUGUUUUCCUGACCCGUUGGGCUCCUGUAGUCAUUUGAGUUUGCAAACUGGUGGACAGCAUUCAUGUUCUCUGGACCCAGGGAUUCUGGGCGACAGCGCCUAUGUGAACUCGCGGUUGGAGAGAAGGGAAAGCAGGCUUUAUUUCAGAUGUUUGCUUGUAUCACGUUCUCUGGUUUACAAA